AUGAGACAACAGCUGAUAAACAGUUUGCAUGCAUCUGCUAAAAGAUUAUACCAUUUCUUACAAGGAUGUCUUAGUAUGUUGAUUCUGCACUUCUUGAAUGAGUUUAUGGAAUUGAGUUGUGGUGCAGGAGACUUUGAGGUAAAGGUCCAAUCCCUGGUUGCCUCAAAUGCAGGGGAAAAAAUUGCAAUGUGUUUGAUACAAGCUUUGGUAUUUGAUGCUAAUUUUGGUAGUAAAUGUGAAAAUAUUGCACAGGGUAUGAUGUAUGAGGACCCACAGAGGCAGGAGGCUGCUCGAAAGACAGUACCAACUGAUAAGCUUGAGGAGAAAGCAUUGAUUUCAUUGGCCAGGGAGGGAAACUUUGAGCCAACAAAAAAUGAACAAGACCAUGCUUUCUUGCUGCAGCUUUUAUUCUGGUUUAAGCAAUCAUUCAGGUGGGUAAAUGAGCCUCCCUGUGAUAGUUGUGGUAAUGAAACUAGAAAUGAGGGCAUGGGCACUGCAAAUCCUUCAGAACUGCAAUAUGGUGCUUCAAGGGUUGAACUUUAUCGCUCCUGGAAACAAGGAAGGGGCGCUGUGGGGAGUGGGCCAAUUGCUUCACACUCUAUUGUCGAGCUUUUGGUUAUGAAUCACGCUUGGUAAUAUUUUUGCCCCUUUUUUCCAGAGUAAAUCUACUAAAUAAAAUGUCCAUUUCUAUGUAAGUGUUGAGA